AUGUUCAGCGUGUUGGCCGCCUUGAUGCUGAUAUGUGCUGGUUUGAUUUAUUUCAACCAAACACGGACCGAUAAUAGAGAGAAGGUGGACUCACAAGCCUUUACUCGGUUUCAGUACAUUUAUUUGGGAGUGUAUUUGUGUAUGACUUUUAGUGAUUGGUUACAGGGAGCCUAUGUUUAUGUAUUGUAUGAAUCGUAUGGCUACCACAUUGAUAUGAUCUCCAAGUUGUUUAUUGUGGGCUUUUUGAGUAGCAUGCUUUUCGGAACUAUCAUUGGAGCUCUUUCAGACAAAUUAGGCCGAAAGAAUGUUUGUCUAGCCUUUGUGGUACUGUAUAUAAUUUCUUGCAUCACUAAGCACUCAUCAAACUUAACUGUUCUCUUAAUUGGACGGCUAACUGGAGGAAUAGCCACAUCCAUUCUCUACUCUUCCUUUGAAUCCUGGAUGGUUUAUGAGCAUUUCAAUAGAUACAACUUUUCAAGUUCUUGGAUCGGUGAUACUUUUUACAAGCAAACAUUCUCGAACGGAAUAAUUGCCAUUGUUGCAGGUUUUGUUUCUAACCUGUUGUAUAACCUUUUCAACAAAUCUGCUGUGGCUCCGUUUGAUGCUGCAAUUUUAUGUUUAGUUAUUGGAGGAGGACUUAUUCUGUAUUAUUGGGAAGAAAACUAUGGAGACAGAACUGGAGAUUAUGCAAAGAAUUUUUCAGAAGGGUUUAAGGUCAUUCGUUCAGAUCUCAGAGUAUUGUGUGUUGCAAUUUCACAAAGCUUUUUUGAGGCUGCCAUGUACAUUUUUGUGUUGAUGUGGACUCCCACCCUUAAUAACUCAGUUAAAGGCCAAGAACUAGAAAUUGGUUAUAUUUUUGCUGCGUUCAUGCUUGCAGUAAUGAUUGGAAGUUUGGUGUUUAGAGCACUUCUUGUCAAUUCGGAUGAAGUGGAGAAGAAGGACGAUUCGAAUUUCGUUUUCGGAGCUUGGAGAAGUCCAGAGUACAUUUUACUGUUUGUCUUUGGUCUUGCAUUAGUUUCUUUGAUCGUUCCAAUAGUCUCUUCUUCAUUCUAUCUCAUCCUCUUUGGAUUUUUGAUGUUUGAAUUUUGUGUUGGCAUAUUUUGGCCUGCAAUCUCAACUGUGAAGAGUGUUUACAUUCCAGAGGAUGUCAGAUCUACAGUCAUGAAUUAUAUUAGAAUUCCAACUAAUUUCCUUGUUGUCCUAUCCCUAUACUUUGUUGAUAACAUUCCACAAUUCCCUGUUUGUUGUUUGUUGUUGACGGUUGCACUUGUUAGUCAGUAUUGGCUUUUGCAACACCAAGUUAAAUCUCAAAAUACUUCAACCUCUCUAGCCCUGUGA